AUGGCAUCUGCAGUCGCUCGCUACAAGCUCGUCUUCUACGUGCCCCUCAAUGCUGUCGAGGCCUGUAAGAAGGCCAUCUUUGCCGCAGGGGCCGGUCGAUACCCCGGUGGAAACUAUACCGAAUGCUGCUGGACCACCAACGGCACUGGACAAUUCCGGCCUGGUGACGCUGCCAAUCCGCACAUCGGAAAGGUGGGCGAGCUGGAGUAUGUCGAGGAGGCUUGUGUUUCAACCAUCUGCUUCGGUGAGGAUGUGGCAAGAAACGCCGUAGCAGCGCUAAAAAAGUAA